GGGUUUGGGAGGGGACAAAAGGCGAGUCGCAUGGGAUUCAUACUAUUUUUGGGACCCCUUUCCCAGAGUAUGUCAGUAUUGACAUUUCUUAAUUCCCACGUCAUAAUUAUUUUCGACGAAUGGCUCUUUUCAGAGCUUAAAAAUAACAGGAACCACUAAAAAGCGGUUAAAAUUUGAAUUCAGAAUCCCCCCCUUUUAAAAAUGGAAAUCCUGUGAUUUGUGUCAACAAUUUAAAAACCCAAUUCGGUGUCUGGUCAGUCUUGUUGCGUAAGAUUUUAUGGCUCAAGAUUUAUUAUUUAUUAUUCCUUGAGUCUUGUUUUUGUUGGCAUAACCCAAAAAACUUAACCGUGCUUUGUCUUUUCUUUCCCUUCCUAGGUUUGCUUUGAUCUCAAGACAUUGUUCAACGUGCGCCGCGAAACAAAGAAAAAACCCCCACAGUUGAGCCUCUGAGACGACACACAAAGCCAGCUCUUGUUUCCGAUCGUCUGUAUUGCGACCCGGCGAAGAACAACUGCCACUCAAAAAAACAUAAAAAAAUAAUCAAAUUUAUAUUUAGGAACAACUUUCCCUGAUUUUUUUUUUAACCAUGCAACUUUUUGUGACUCGUUGACCAUCAAAAAGUUGCAACCUUUUUUAAAAACCGAAAAUGAGCUAUACCAAAUUUACUUUUUUUCUUUAAAAAAACACAGCUUAAUCCAAAACUAAACCUUGAGGUGCUGCCGAAGAGAAAAUUAAUUGGAUAAAUCUCCCAUCAUGGGCUCCAGACCAAUAGACCCUAAAGAACUUCUGAAAGGACUGGACUGUUUCCUUGGCAAAGAUGGAGAAAUCAAAACACACGAAGGGAUCACUAAAAUUUUCAACUUAAUGAAAGAUGCUCAAAAAAUGGUCAGUCGCUGCAUUUAUCUGAACAUCUUGUUGCAGACCCGAGCGCAAGAUAUACUGUCCAAAUUUAUCAAGGUUGGUGGCUACAAGCUUCUCAAUACUUGGCUGACUGGCUCCAAAGCAUCCAACAAUGUGCCCCUUCUCCAGCAGAUUCUGCUCACGUUGCAGCAUUUGCCUCUUACAGUAGAUCAUCUGAAACAAAACAAUACUGCCAAGCUGGUGAAGCAGCUCAGCAAGUCAAGUGAAGAUGAAGAGCUUCGCAGACUGGCCUCCGUACUUGUCAGUGAUUGGAUGGGUGUAAUCCGCUCCCAGAGUAGCUCACAACCAACAGAGCGAGACAAGAAGAAGCGCAAGGAGGAGAGUAAAAACAAGAGCCCUGUUCAGGAGAAGCCUCAGGAGCCCAAGCCAGAAGCCAAACCUGAGGAGACACCCGAGAAAAAGAAAGAAAAGCCGAAAUCUCUCCGCACCACUGCACCCAGCCAUGCCAAGUUCCGUUCCACUGGUUUAGAAAUGGAGACUCCAUCACUCCUUCCUGUAAAGAAGAACAUGGGUGCUGUAGUCACCUCUGAUAAAUACAACUUGAAGCCAAUACCACUGAAGAGACAAAAUACAUCAGCUCCUGCUGCUGAGAAUCCACCAGCUGAGAAGAAGUACAAACCCCUCAACACCACCCCCAAUACUACCAAAGAGAUUAAAGUGAAGAUCAUUCCUCCGCAACCUAUGGAAGGUUUGGGUUUCUUGGAUGCCCUAAACUCAGCCCCUGUUCCAGGCAUCAAAAUCAAGAAGAAGAAGAAAGUCCUGUCUCCAACUGCUGCAAAGCCAAGUCCUUUUGAGGGGAAGCCAGUCCCGGAAACCAGUGCUGCCAAGCCAUCUUCACCAGAGGUUGCUCCGGCAUCUGAAGCGACAGAUGUGGAAAGACCUGGCACCCCUGUGCCAGCUGUGGAGGUCCCUGAGCCAAUGGAGACAAGCUCUUCUGAGGCAGGAGUGGUGGAGGCCAAACCAGCCGAGAGCCCAGUGGAUUCUGCACAGCUGACCAAGAAGGGCAAAAAGAAGAAGACCGUGAGCUGGCCUGAGGAAAGCAAGCUGCGAGAGUACUUCUACUUUGAACUGGAUGAGACCGAGCGAGUCAAUGUAAACAAGAUCAAAGACUUUGGGGAGGCUGCCAAGCGGGAAAUGUUGAAGGAUCGCCAUGCUUUUGAAACCGCCCGUCGGCUGAGUUAUGAUGCCAUGGAAGAGAAGGUCCCUUGGAGCUACCCAAAGCCCAUUGACUUGCCUACUCCACUGGUUCAGCCAGGAAGUGGCAGCCAAGAGAAAUUAAUCCAAGCUGAGCGCGAGAAGGGCAUUUUACAGGAACUCUUUCUCUCAAAAGAAAGUGUCCCAGAAAGCCCUCACGAGCCUGACCCAGAGACCUAUGAGCCAGUGCCACCAAAGCUUAUUCCUCUGGAUGAGGAAUGCGCCAUGGAUGAGGCCACCUACGAGGAGAGACUCGACCCGGCCACCGCCUCGCAGUCUCCAGACGGAGCUGGGGGCUCCAAGCUGCCCCCGGUCCUGGCCAACCUCAUGGGCAGCAUGGGGGCGGGCAAGAACCCGCAGGGCCCCAACCCCACCUCCUCCAUCAACGUGCAAGAGAUUCUCACCUCCAUCAUGGGUGGUGCAAACAACGCUAAAACAGAGGACUUGAUGAAACAACCAGAUUAUUCGGACAAGAUCAAGCAUCUGCUGGGCAACUUGCAGGGCCAGCCUGUUCCAGGUCCUUCAGGAGUUCCACACGGGCUGCUUGGAACGGGACCUGGUCCAGUGCCCAAUGGUUUUCCACCAGGGCCCAAAAAUAUGCCGCAUUUCCCUCCUGGAGGGCCAGGGCCCAUGCCUGCAGGACCCCAUGGAGGCCCAGGUGGCCCUAAUAUGCACCCAGGGCCAGGAGUGCCCAGUGGACCUCGGAUGAUGGGCCCACCUCCUCCUCAGUGUAACGAUGGAUACUGGGACCCUCCAGAUGGUGGGAUGCGUGGCGGGCCCCAUGGAGGCAUGAGAGGUGGCAGCCCAGGACCUGGCCCUUUCCACCGGGGGCGUGGCGGCCGAGGAGGAGAGCCCCCCUUCCGUGGACGAGGUGGCGGUGGACGGAGUGGCGGCCCCCACAAUGGUAGGGGCGGCCCUCCCAACAGCGGCAUGGGAGGUGGCCACGGAGGGGGACACGGCGGUGGUGGCCACGGAGGUCACGGAGGAGGGGGCCACCCCGGGGACCACGGCAGGGGACACCCAGGCGGCCACCCCGGGGACCACGGCAGGGGACAUCCAGGCGGCCAUCCCGGGGACCACGGCAGGGGAUAUCCAGGGGACCACGGCAGGGGACAUCCCGGGGACCAUGGCAGAGGUCACCCAGGGGACCACGGCUGGGGGCACGGAGGCGGCCACGGUGGAGACAGGUCGAAGCGUCCUGUGUGUCGUCAUUUCACGAUGAAAGGCAGCUGCCGGUACGAACACAACUGUGCCUUCUACCACCCGGGUGUGAACGGCCCACCUUUGCCCUAGUCCUUUGGACCCGGUCCCCUCUCCCUGCGCCAGUCUCCUCUAACUGUGGUCUCAACGCACAUUCCCAUGCCAUGGACUGGGGGGCCCGAGCCCCAACCUUCAGACUCGUGCUGCAUCUACUCUUUUAAUGGCUUCUGUGAGGCCCUUGAAAUGCUUCGGGAAAGGGGAGGCCACUGCUCCUUCCUGAUGCAUUUGCUGCUAUUUGAUGAACUGCCACGUACUCGAAAAGAAAAAAAACAACCACUUCCUUCCAGAGGCAGGGCGAUGGGUUCCCUAGUAACUUGAAAGCACAAGAGACAUGUGGAGGGCUCUGCAAACAAUCAAUUUGUAUCAUUAUCCUUGUGAAGCCAGCAAAGGAAGAGAGAACAUCCCAGCUCAUCCCAUUCUCUGGACUGUAUUCUGCAUGUUCUUAGGAACCAAACAUGCACUGAAGACUUCUGCUUUGGUUUGGAAGAACAUCUGGCAUCAGCAGGAAAAUACAGACCCCUCUUGGGAACACUGGGGCAAGGCAGAAGUGAAACAACAGCCAGUGUGUGCAUUUUCCUGUGGGAUCGGAAUCGACUGUUCCUAUUUGGAGGCCUUUCUGAAGCGAACGGAGAAUUCCAGCAGCUGCCACUUGCACAGUCCUUGACUCAUAAUGUCCCAUCAUCCCGUGUGUAUAAAAUACCCCCCUGCAGUGUUCCCAUUGACCGCAGAGAUGCGCUUUCCCUUGGUGCUAAAUCCUAUCAUUGGGGGAAACCUACAACUUGUUUUCUGUGAAAACUGAACCUUGACUCAAAUUAUUUAGGGGGUAAAACUUCUUUUGUUCUUUUUUGUUCUCCGUAUUACGUUUGUCGGUUGUGGCUUUUUAAAAACUUGUCUCACGAGAUGUGGACUCCGUAACACCAUUCAUUUGUCUCCCCCUCCUCUUCUUGCAGUGGGUGCAGCACUUCUCUCCCGAGGAAAAGAAAAUGUCUCCCUCUAUGUUUUGUAUAUUUUGUACAUUAGUAAUAAACAUGGUGGAAAACAGUGGAUUAUCUAAUUUAA